AUGUCGCCCACUCCACCCCCGCCCGUGUGCCCUGUGCGGCGUGCGCCUCCGUCGCCUGUGCCGACGUCUCCGCCCUCUGGCGGCCUGAUGUAUAUCUACAGGAAGGAAGGACUGGGUGGGAUUCCAGGCGCCCUCCCACUGUCUGAGCCUCGCGGAUCCUGCGCAGCCCGGGGGGGAUUAGGCCGGCCUGACCCGCUGAACUUCGCCACGGGGGUGUCAUGUAAUCUAAACCUUGGCCUCUGGGCGUCACGGAAGGAAUUCUGUCCCGUCCCCGACACAGAUGAGGGGGUGUCGGGGGGAUAG